AUGGCUCAUCAAACCACAUGGACAUACCCCACUCUGGUCAUCGUGUCAUACAUCCUGUCUUGCUCAUUUACAUGUUGUGCAAUAUAUCAUCUCACCCUCUGGACCCAUCUGUCUAUGUCAGCCAACACACCCAUACCAUCUAGAAGGUCCCUCUCGCAGUACCUUCCAGUGAGCAGUUCUUAUUACAGCAAGUCUGGACACCCACACAAGCCAAAUUCCCCAAGAUCCAUAUGUCCUCAGCGUCAAAAUAUGAAUUGCCCGCCUGUUCGGCAAGUCCAGUACAGUCACUUCGACUUUCCUAGGAAGAUGGAUUCACGUCAGUGUUCCACAGGUCCCUUCCUAUCGGUAACCAUUUCCACACCGAAGUCAGCUAUAAACGUUUACAUAACCUUUGGUACACAAUCACCUUCUAACAAUAAAUUUAACAGACAGUCAAGCUACCUGACCACUCUAACGCCCCACAUUCGUCCACGUGCAAAGUCCGAUGGCCACUCUACUCAGCGCCCCCGCCCCUGUACUCUGCUAUCAGCUCUGGAAGAUAAGACGGCUGCUGACCCUUCCGACUCGGUAACGUUACAGCCACCUCUACCUGCGCAACAACCGAAACACCGUGUUCGCGCCCGCACUCCACCGUCAGACUCGGAGUCUGAAGUAAUCACGGGCCACGUGCUCGCAUCUGGAAGAUUCAAGUGCUCUGAUCCCAAGUGCGACAACUUACGCUUUGGCCGGCAGGCCGACUUCAGACGCCACCACAUCAACGUCCACGCGUUGAAGAAGAAAGAGUAUUUCUGCACGGUAGAAGGCUGUGACCGUUCGAGAAGACCGUCGAGAAAGAGCAAAGGUCGCAGCUUUGGCGCACGCAAAGAUAAGAUGAAGGAACACGUGCAGACUGUGCAUUUCAAAGAGAGCAAGAAGAGGAAGAGAUCAUCCGGGACCGCAGCGGAUGACCAAGACGAAUCUGACGAAGAUAGCGGACCAGAAAGCAAAACAUCCCUAUGA